AUGGAUAGUAUUAAAAUUCCAACCCAUGUUGAGGAGGCAUUUAAAGAUCCAAAGUGGGCUGAAGCCAUGAAUAUUGAAAUGGAGGCAUGGGUGUUUACAGCUAAAUAUAAUGCAGAUGGUACUGUAGAAAGGUACAAGGCAAGAUUAGUAGCUAAAGGGUUCACUCAGACAUAUGAAGUUGAUUAUUAUGAUACUUUUGCACCUAUGACUAAGAUGAAUACUAUUAGAGUUUUGUUGUCUUUAGCAGUAAACUUGGAUUGGACCCUGAGGCAAUUUGAUGUAAAAAUUGCAUUCUUACAUGGUGAAUUAGAAGAAGAAGAAGAAGUGUACAUGAGUCUUCCACCAGGGUAUAGCGUUAUCGGUGACACGAGGAACGUGUGA